AUGUCUGUAGACAUUGUGGGAUCGUGGGAGGUGUCUCUGAGUGAUGGGGUGUACCGCACUGAGUUUGAACACGGAACAACAACUCGACGACCUGGACUUCACGCUGACGUCAAGGAGGUGUUAAGAAGAGAUUGGAUGUUCAAACUGGUGGGCAGAGAAACAUUUCCUGUUGGGAGUACAUAUACAAAAGCAACCAUAACCAUUGAAGCAAUUAGUGGGUUUUCCUAUGAGUACACACUGGAGAUCAACGGAAAAAGUCUUAAAACAUUUUUGGACAAUCGAUCAAAAAUUUCCAAAACAUGGUUGCUGAAAUUGGAUGGUUCUGAUUGCAGGAUAGUUCUGGAGAAAGACACUUUGGAUGUGUGGUGCAAUGGACAGAAAAUGGAGACUAUGGGGGAGUUUGGAGACGAUGGAACCGAGACCCACUUUGGAGUUGGGAACCAUGAAUGCUGCAUAAAAGCAACAACCACUGGAAGGAAACGAAACGGAAUGAUUCAUUCCCUUCUGGUGGAUGGGAUCAGGAUAGAAGAGGCCAUUGUGUAAAAUGGAGACUAAUAGAAUUCAGAUGUUCAAGACGUUUAGCAACU